AUGUCCUUCCAUUUAGAGAAAUCGGAUGAAAUCAAGUCUAUAAAAUUUACCCCUUCUAAAUAUUUGGUUGUAAAAUCCAAACUAAUUUCUAACGACCAAAAGAUCUUCAUCAAUAUUGUUCAUCAUGACAAAUAUCCAUUUCCCCCUGAUAUCAAAUUUGAUCCCAGUAUUGUCUACCCGUUAAUCAUAAAUAACCAAUGGGAAAUACCUAUAAUUACAACAUCAUAUGUGGAAAGUACUGAUAAAAAGGGACACCCGUGUUUAGUUUGGGAUUGUUGUAUAAAUAGUGAAUGUGAAAAAUGGUGUGCAGCAAACGAUCAAUUAAAAGACAUAUUAAUAGAGUGGUGCAUAGAAAGUUGUGAAUUAAGAUCUAGCUUGGAAAUUGAUAGGGACGAUUUGAAGUUCCCUAAAUUGAAGUAUAAGGGGGACAUAGUAAGAGAAAUCGAAUUGUUAGAAGAAGAUAUUGUAAAUAUAGAUAAAUCUAGUAAGAACGACGGCAACAAUACUGAUAAAGACAACAAAACUUUAGCUACUGCUAAGGAUAGCACUGUUGAAUUUUUAGAAUUGAAAAGACAAUAUGAAGGGGGAAAUGUAGAUAAUGGAGAUGAUGUAUUACCUGAGUUAUUAUUACCCAAUCAACACCCUCAUAAAAAUGCUAGUGUUGACAAAAGUGAUAUGAAAAAUGAUAUUUCAGCUUCCAAUAACCCCCCCUUGAUCCAAGAACUUGACAGUACAGAAAAAGAUUUAAUGUUAAAAAAAAACUUUCUUGUAAAAGAAAAACAACAGAAACAAAAAUCACAAGAAAUCAGCCUUUUUAGAUAUUCUGUCAAAAUGGGCAAGCCAUCCAAGCCUACAGCUCCAUAUAAAUUGAAAAUUGAAAUUACCACAAAUAUGCAAAACGUUACCUCAUUGGAUUUUACUGUGAAUUAUGCUGAUUAUACAAAUACUGUGACUGUUAAAAACACAAACACGCAUCGAUACAAGGAAAAAUCCUUGGAUAUUCCAUUACCAUCAUUAUACAAAAGCUCAUCUGAUUAUGUCGAUAAUUUUAAAGUUUUUUUUUUAAAAAAAUCACAAACAUUAUACAUAUUCAUAUGA